AUGAAGGUGCGACCAGCCCAGGGAUUCAGCCGCCUCCCUCGCCACACAGCAGUCGUGGCAAUCCAGGAGCAGCAGCACUCUGAUAACAAUACCAUCCCCGACACAAUCACCAAGCCAUGGUCCCUUCUAUCCCAGAAAACAUAUGUCUUUGUGAAUAUCAACAUCAUCGACGCUGCAGCUGGCAGAGUGCUCCCAAAUCAGACCGUGCGCAUCGCAGGCGGCAAGAUCACCUCCAUUGAUGCCAGCAUCAGUAAUAGAGAAGGUGGAGGCGAGGCCGAUGAUGCCGUCAAUAGCAUCGACUGCGCCGGCAGAUACUACCUCUGCCCGGGGCUCAUCGACGCCCACGUCCACUUGACCUCAGUCCCUGGCGAGUCUGACCUGCGCUCGUCCAUGUCCGUCCCGAACGCUGUCUCCCUCCUCCGCCAGCCCUUCCAGGCCGGAGCCAUGCUGGCCCGCGGCUACACUACGGCCCGCGACUGCGGCGGUGCCACUCUUGCCCUUAAGGAGGCCAUUGCCGACGGCGUGUUCCCGGGCCCGCGGCUGUUCAUCGCAGGCCGCGCCCUCAGUCAGACGGGCGGUCACGGCGACCGGAGAGGUGCUCAUGACACCACCAUCACAGGUGGAGGUGGCGGUUGCUGUGGAGGCGGCUCCUCGGAAGGCCUCAGCCUCGUCGUCGACGGUGUGCCCUCGGUGCUCCAUGCGGCGCGCGAUCAGCUCCGCCAGGGCGCCGACUUCCUCAAGCUCAUGGCGGGCGGGGGCGUCGCAUCCCCAACAGACAGGCUGGCGGGCGUGCAGCUGACAGCGGAGGAGAUCCGCGCCGCAGCGGAGGUGGCGACGUUGUUCGGCGAGACCUUUGCGACCGCGCACGCGUACACACCAAAAGUGAUCCGGCAUGCCGUCGAAAACGGGGUCCGGGGCAUCGAGCACGGCAACUUUCUUGAUCAGGAGACGGCGCGGUUUCUGGCGGAUAAUGGGGUCUUCCUUACGCCGACGCUGAUUGCGUACAAGGCCAUGGCCGACCCGAAGUAUGCUGCUUUCCUGCCGGCUGAGAACCGCGCAAAGAACGAGAUGGUGUUGAAGGAGGGCUUCAAAAGCCUCAAGCUGGCAUACGAGGCUGGCGUGACAAUGUGCCUGGGCAGCGACCUGCUGAGUUUCCUGGGCGUGGAGCAGCUUGGCGAAUUUGGGCUGAGAGCCCAGGUGCUGCCUUGCGAGGAGGUCUUGCGGCAUGCUACUGUCAACCCAGCCAGGAUGCUGGGGCAGCAGGACAGGCUGGGACAGGUGAAGGAGGGAUUCGUGUCUGACCUUUUAGUGUUGAAUGCGAACCCGUUGGAGGAUAUCACUAUUUUCGAAAAGCCUGACCGCCAUCUUAUGGCAGUGAUCAAGGAGGGCAGGGUGUAUAACAGCAGGUGGUCUAAACUGCCCACGGAUGUUUAUGCCCGGCCAGAAUUGAUAGAAUAA